AUGGGGGAUGCCGGCAUGGAACCGAAUAUCUCCCCUCCCGACAACAUUGCACAGCAAGACUCUCUCUUCAGCAUGACGGACGUGUUUCUCAUCUCGCUCAUCACCGGGCUUUUUACUUACUGGUUCUUAUUCCGCAAGAAAAAGGAGGAAGUCCCAGACCUCCCCAAAAUACAGUCAGUAGCAGCUCCAGUGAGAGACAGCAGCUUCAUUGAGAAGAUGAAGAAGACAGGGCGAAACAUAGUGGUUUUCUAUGGCUCCCAGACAGGUACAGCAGAGGAGUUUGCCAAUCGUCUCUCCAAAGAUGCUCAUCGCUACGGCCUUCGGGGCAUGGCAGCAGAUCCAGAGGAGUAUGACUUGUCGGACCUGAGUCGCCUCUCUGAGAUCGACAAGUCCUUAGCUGUGUUCUGCAUGGCCACUUACGGUGAGGGUGAUCCCACAGACAAUGCCCAAGACUUCUACGACUGGCUGCAGGAGGCUGAUGCUGACUUGUCAGGUCUCCGAUUUGCAGUCUUUGGGCUGGGGAACAAGACUUAUGAGCACUUCAAUGCCAUGGGAAAGUAUGUGGACAAGAGACUGGAGGAGCUUGGAGCCCAACGCAUCUUUGAACUUGGGUUGGGAGAUGACGAUGGCAACUUGGAAGAAGACUUCAUCACCUGGAGAGAGCAGUUCUGGCCAGCGGUGUGUGAGCACUUUGGGGUGGAGGCUACAGGAGAAGAAUCCAGUUCGACUUUUUUCUCUUUUCUCAUCCGCCAAUAUGAGCUGGUGGUGCACACAGAUGUGAACAUGAACAAAGUCUACACCGGUGAGAUGGGUCGUCUCAAGAGCUACGAGAACCAGAAGCCACCGUUUGAUGCCAAGAACCCCUUCCUGGCCCAGGUUACAGAGAACCGCAAGCUGAAUGAGGGAGGAGAACGACACCUUAUGCAUCUGGAGCUGGAUAUCUCCAAUUCCAAAAUCAGGUACGAGUCUGGGGACCAUGUGGCGGUGUACCCAGCCAACGACUCUUCUCUGGUGAAUCAGAUUGGUGAGAUCCUGGGCACGGAUCUGGACAUGAUCAUGUCCCUGAACAAUUUGGACGAGGAAUCCAAUAAGAAACAUCCCUUCCCCUGCCCCACGUCCUACCGUACAGCCCUGACGUACUACCUGGACAUCACCAACCCGCCCCGCACCAAUGUCCUCUACGAGCUGGCCCAGUACGCCACGGACACCGGCGAGCAGGAGCGCCUCCGCAAAAUGGCAUCAUCUGCUGCCGAGGGGAAGGCUCUCUACCUCAGCUGGGUGGUGGAGGCCCGGAGGAACAUCCUGGCCAUCCUGCAGGACAUGCCCUCGCUGCGCCCCCCCAUCGACCACUUGUGUGAGCUGCUGCCCCGCCUGCAGGCCCGCUACUACUCCAUUGCCUCCUCCUCCAAGGUUCACCCCAACGCCAUCCACAUCUGUGCCGUGACGGUGGAGUAUGAGACCAAGACGGGACGCCUGAACAAAGGGGUGGCCACCAACUGGCUCAAGAACAAGGUGCCCGACGAGAAUGGGAGCAACUCCCUGGUGCCCAUGUACAUCAGGAAGUCGCAGUUUCGCCUGCCCUUCAAACCCAGCACGCCUGUCAUCAUGAUCGGACCGGGAACUGGCAUAGCCCCCUUCAUCGGCUUCAUUCAGGAGCGGAACUGGCUGAAGCAGCAAGGCAAAGAGGUGGGUGAGACGGUGCUUUACUACGGCUGCCUCCAUGAGCGUGAGGACUACCUGUACCGCGAGGAGCUGGCCCGCUUCCAUCAGGAGGGAGUCCUCACCCAGCUCAACGUCGCCUUCUCCAGGGACCAGGCCGAGAAGGUUUAUGUUCAGCACUUACUGAAGAAGAACAAGGAAAACAUCUGGAAGCUGAUUAAUGAAGGGAAUGCUCAUAUCUACGUGUGCGGCGAUGCUCGCAACAUGGCCCGGGACGUGCAGAACACCUUCUACGAGAUCGUGGCCGAGUUCGGGAACAUGGGCCAGCCCCAGGCCGUGGACUAUGUAAAGAAACUGAUGACGAAGGGCCGGUACUCUUUGGACGUCUGGAGCUAA